UGUGAUUCAUUUUUCGCAAUUUCAGAUUCAAAAAAAUAAAAAAUCUUGAAGUGUCUUGUUGACUUUUUUAUUGACUUAUAUGAAUUUCGAGAAUUUAGGUAGUAUAGAGUAGCAAUUUCAAGUGGGGUUUCAAUUUCCUUUAAGGGUUUUUCUGGGGUUUACUAAUUAAGUGAACAAAUUUAGUUUUAGAACUUUUUUUAAAUUGGGAAUUGAGUAGACCAGUAAGAUUUUAGGGAUUUUUUUUGUGUUUUUUUGAGGAUUGGCAAAUGAGAUGGAUAAUGAUGUAAUUAGUGAGGAUUUAAGUAAAGAAGCUAAAAAUGAAGAAUCUUAUGGUGCAAGUACUUCUAAUGAGGAUGUUUCAUCACCUAAAGAGACUUUUAAAGCUAAAGAAGUGAGUUUUAGUGCCCCGCCACAUCCUCGAAAAGUCUUGGAUCAUAGCAUUACGGCACCUGCAAGCGUCCGCAGAAAUCUUUUUCCUGAAAAUAAGGAGGCUGCAUAUACUAGAUCCAUGACUGAGAGGUGGUGGACAAAAUCAUGGAUACCAAAACAUGAGCUUAAAUUAGAUCGAUUAUCAGAACGUGAAAAGCAAAAGCUUAUUGUGGAACUUGUAAAGAUUCAAAGUGAUGGUACAGUGGAGGUGGAUAUAUCUGACAAUGCACCUGUACCUUCAGAGUUGUUUGAAUAUCAAAGUAUGGAAGGGGUUCCCCCUGAAAUGGAUUUUAUUGUUACGGAUUCUUACAAAGUGAUUCCAAAAUUAAAGAUUGCAGUGCUUGUUGUUGGAACAAGGGGAGAUGUUCAACCUUUUCUUGCCAUUUCAAAGAGACUUCAGGAGUUUGGCCAUCAUGUUAGGUUGGCAACACAUGCAAAUUUUCGUUCUUUUGUAGAGUCGGCUGGUGUUGACUUCUAUCCUUUGGGCGGCGAUCCACGUAUAUUGGCAGGAUAUAUGGCGAGAAAUAAAGGUCUAAUUCCAUCGGCACCUGGUGAAAUAUCUGUACAAAGGAAGCAACUAAAGGCGAUCAUUGAAUCUCUUCUUCCCGCAUGCACAGGACCAGAUUUAAGAAGUGGACAACCUUUUAAAGCUCAGGCAAUCAUUGCAAAUCCUCCUGCCUAUGGGCAUGCACAUGUAGCUGAAGCUCUUGGUGUACCUCUUCACAUGUUCUUCACAAUGCCUUGGACGCCGACGUCCGAGUUUCCUUCCCCAUUGGCACGCGUACCUCAAACUGCUGGUUAUUGGCUCUCAUAUAUAGUUGUAGAUCUUCUUGUUUGGUGGGGCAUAAGAGGAUAUAUUAACGACUUCAGGAAGAAAUUGAAUCUUCCUCCAAUUGCAUACUUUAGCAUGUAUCGUGGUUCAAUAUCUCAUUUCCCUACCGGCUACAUGUGGAGUCCUCAUGUUGUCCCCAAACCAAGUGAUUGGGGUCCAUUGGUUGAUGUUGUUGGUUAUUGCUUCUUGAACCUUGGUUCCAAGUAUAAACCACCUGAAGAAUUCCUCCGGUGGAUUGGAAAAGGAACAUGCCCCAUAUAUAUUGGAUUUGGAAGCAUGCCUCUUGAAGAUUCGGCCAAAACCACAAAUAUCAUUCUGGAGGCUUUGAAAAAAACAGGACAAAGGGGAAUAAUUGACCGUGGAUGGGGAGAUCUUGGGACCUUUCCAAAUCUUCCGGAUGAUGUUUUUCUUCUAGUGGAUUGUCCUCAUGAUUGGCUCUUCCCUCAAUGUGCGGCCGUGGUUCAUCAUGGAGGUGCUGGAACGACUGCAACAGGACUGAGAGCAGGGUGUCCUACAACGAUUGUUCCGUUCUUUGGAGAUCAAUAUUUUUGGGCUGAUAGAAUUUAUCAAAGAGGAUUAGGGCCAAAUCCAAUCCCAAUAUCUCAGCUUAACAUAGAAGCGCUUUCAGAUGCAAUAAAUUUCAUGCUGCAGCCAGAUGUAAAAGCUCGAGCAAUGGAAUUGGCAAAGAUCAUAGAGAACGAAGAUGGUGUUGCAAAUGCAGUCGAUACAUUUCACCGCCAUCUACCACCAGACAUGCCAUUGUCAUCAACUCCACCUAUAAAACAAGAAGACGGGGAUUCUCCAAACCCAUUACAAUGGUUGUUUACUCAGAUCGGGUUAUAUUGUGGUUGUGGUACCUAAAUUUAUCUUGAGAUUGUAUAGACAAUCUACACCCCCAUUUUUUUACAACUUCAUUCAUUUCAAAACCUGGGUAUCUUUCGGCAUCUCAUUCAUUUUGUUCAUAGAUUGAACACCAACGAAUAAUAAGGUUUAUCUUCACGUGGUCAUUCAUGGCUUGCAACUAGAUUCAAGAUUUCGAGUUUUUCAGAUGUUGGCGUAGGUUAUAUAUAUUGCGCAUGAAUAGUUGUACAUUUUGAGUGAUUCGAUGUAUUGUAGAAUGUUACAUCUUUUCUAUGUUUGGCCUUUUUUUUCUUCUUGUGAGUGAUAUAUGUCAUAUGUUAUGUGAGUUACUCGUAGUCUUGUACUAUGGAUAUUAUGGCUUGUAGCUUGUAAAUUCAUGAGCAGCACUGAAAAUGAGUCGAACUAAAGUACUCUAAGAUUAAGUUGGGUUGGUUUAGAUUUCACCUCAGUCUUACGUUUGGCUCACUGUGAGGGUUAAACAAAGCUCAAACCUGAUUUGUGAGUAGGUUUAGAGGCUUGAGCAGCUUAACCCGAGUUGAGCUUGUUUAAUCUGUAUUGUACACGUAUUUUUAUAGACAGGAAGUAUUGAUUUACACUG